AUGCAGACCCCUGCCAUGAUGUCUCUGCUGCUCGUGUCCAUGGGCCUCAUGGAAGCACUUCAGGCCCUGAGCCACCCCAUCAAACGACGAGACCUCUUCUCUCGAGAAAUGCCCCUGGACAUGGCCCUGGCCUCCUUUGAUGACCAGUAUGCUGGCUGUGCCGCAGCCAUGGCGGCGGCUCUCCCGGAUCUCAACCGCACGGAGUUCCAGGCCAACAAAGUAUACGCCGAUGUCUGGGCUCAGGCAAGCAGCCAGUGGCAGGAGCGCCAGGCCUGGGGGCUCAAGUGGGGCCUCAGCCCUACCCGUCUGCCCCCGCCCACGGGCUUCCGAGAAGAGCAUGGGGUGGCCCUCCUGGCCUACACAGCUAACAGCCCCCUGCACAAAGAAUUCAACGCGGCCGUGCGCGAGGCUGGCCGCUCCCGGGCCCACUACCUCCACCACUUCUCCUUCAAGACCCUCCACUUCCUGCUGACCGAGGCCCUGCAGCUGCUGGGCAGGGGCCAGCGUCCACCCCAGUGCCGCCAGGUGUUCCGAGGGGUGCAGGGCCUGCGCUUCCGGCCAGCAGGGCCCGGGGCCACCGUCAGGCUGGGGGGCUUUGCCUCUGCAUCCCUGCAGAAUGUUGCAGCCCAGCAGUUUGGGGAAGACACCUUCUUUGGCAUCUGGACCUGCCUCGGGGCCCCUAUCAAGGGCUACUCCUUCUUCCCUGGGGAGGAGGAGGUGCUGAUCCCUCCCUUCGAGACCUUCCAGGUGAUCAAUGCCAGCAGACCGGCCCAGGGCCCCGCCCGCAUCUACCUCCGGGCCCUGGGCAAGCGCAGCACAUACAACUGCGAGUACAUCAAAGACAAGCAGUGCAAGUCAGGGCCGUGCCGUCUGGAUAACUCAGCCGUGGGUCAGGGCCCCCUUUCUGCAGUCUGGUCCCUUCUACUGCUGCUCUGGUUCCUUGCUGUAGAAGCCUUUCCAGAGAGUCCAGGACUCCUCUAA